AUGGACAACGAACAACCUCAUCAGGAGUUGGUGAAGUGUGUGGUAGUAGGAGACACUGCAGUGGGCAAGACACGGUUAAUUUGUGCACGCGCGUGCAAUAAACAUGUCUCACUUUCACAGCUUAUGACCACGCACGUGCCGACGGUGUGGGCCAUUGACCAAUAUAGGAUUUAUAAAGAUGUCCUAGAAAGAUCUUGGGAAGUUGUCGACGGAGUAAACGUAUCGCUUAGGUUGUGGGAUACCUUCGGCGACCAUGAAAAGGACAGAAGAUUUGCAUAUGGAAGAUCUGACGUCGUCCUCCUAUGUUUCUCGAUCACCAAUCCUAUAUCACUGCGAAAUUGUGGGGCCAUGUGGUAUCCUGAAAUCAGACGAUUUUGUCCGAAUACGCCGGUGCUACUAGUCGGCUGCAAGAACGAUCUCCGCUACAUGUAUAGAGAUGAGACCUAUUUGAAUUAUUGUAAAGAUCGAAGCCCAUUUAUAAGGGCUCCAAGAAAAAGCGACCUGGUUAUGCCGGACCAAGGACGCGCUUUGGCUCACGAAUUCGGCAUAUACUAUUACGAGACAUCUGUUUUCACGUAUUACGGCGUGAAUGAAGUGUUUGAGAACGCGAUACGAGCGGCAUUGAUUGCUCGGAGACAGCAGAGGUUCUGGAUGACCAACUUGAAGAGAGUGCAGCGUCCGCUUCUACAGGCCCCAUUCAGGCCUCCGAGACCUAUGGAACCGGAGGUGGUCACCGUAAACAGCGUCUAUUUAGAAAAUAUGACCGCUCUAUUACGUCAACAGUAUUUCUCGGACAUGGUUAUUAUAUGCGGGGCGAAAGGAUUCCCGGUACAUCGUUUCAUGAUGGCGGCAGCUUGCGAAGCCUUCCAUCGACUCCUGACCACGGACUGCGUCAGCCUCUCUACGGAACUGGCUCGGAGCUCCAGUGAAAGCAGCAUGGUCAGCAGCAUCGGUGAGGCGACCACCGGUGACUUCAACGAGGACACUGAAUACUUGAUUCGACAAGACCAAGCUAAACAAAUGAGGGUUUGGGAUCAAAUUAAACGGCGUUCCUCGUGCCAGAUCUUGCCGCUAAGCGACAGCUGUAAGAAACCACCAGAUCUAUACAGGGAGGUUAACCAUCCUGCCAUAAACUCCAUUAAAGUUGUCAAGUGCGACAAAAUCCAACACGCGACGUCUCAAACGCAGACUAUAGUCACAAUGAGCAAGCUGAUUUCACAGAACGUGAUGCAGGAAAUAAUUAACUUUAUUUACACGGGCGCUUUGGACAGCAACGCGUUCAAACAGCAAGAAAUCCGUCAAGCUGCCGAACUCCUUGGCUUUCAUGAAUUAACCAAGCUCAGCCAAUUUAUAUUGGAUCAGCAUCUUCUGUUUGACAAAGGAUUCAUGCUGCAAUUUCAUACGCCAUUUCCUCAAAGGCUACGUGAUAUGUGCGUAGAACGUAAUCUGUUCGCGGACGUGACAUUCGAUCUCGACGAUGGCAUACAUUUAGCGCAUAGAGCCAUGCUGAUGGCGCGAUGUGAUCCCAUGAAGGCGAUGUUUCAAGGGCAUUUUCGGGAGAGCACGUCCAGAGUUAUCUCAUUUCCCGGCGUGAAGAUGUACGCGUUCCAAAUACUUCUCUGCUAUAUAUAUUCCGACAAAAUACCAACUGUGGAGCCUACGAGAUGCCUCGAACUGUUGGAACUUGCCAACCGACUUUGCAUGAACCGCUUGGUGAACUUGGUUGAGGCUAGAGUUAUAGAACAAUUGCAGCAUCAGGACAGAGUAUGCGGCGAUGAUGAUCAAGUGGUCGAAAUAGCGCUGUCUUUAUUGGAGCCUGUAAAGUUGCACAACGCUCACAGUCUAGCUGAUUGGUGCACUUGGCGUUUAUGUGGUGCAUACGAUCGAGUAUGUCGAGCGAGACAUCUUAGUCAAGCCUCGAGGGAAUAUCUUGCUGACAACCGCUGGCCGCCUGUCUGGUACGUGAAAGAAUAUGACUACUAUCAAAAAUGCUUGAAUGAGCAAUCGAAAGACCAAAAGGAGAUUCGACCAACAACGUCGCUGCAAGCCAGCCAGCAAACCGGGUGCCUUUGUUUUACCAGCAAGGUACGUCGCGAGAGUGCAGAAGCGCAAGAAGCGGGAGCUGAGGCGGGAGCGGAAGCGGGAGCAGAGGCGGGCGCGAGUGCGGCUGAUGUCAGCACGGCGCUGUGCCGCAGCGAGCCGCAGCCCAACCCGCCGCUCUGA